AGCGUGCAAAGGUCGUGCCGACUCUGGUGAACUGCUGGGAUCAGCUGAUAGGACUGUAGCGCGACCGCUCAGCCUCGCUUUUUGAUCUAUGCUGGCUCACGCGUGCCAAAACCGCAUGCAUGCAGCUGUGCAGGCUCGGGGUUUACAGCAUUUUUGCACGGACUCGGCUCUGCGCGAGUGCACAGGCGAUUCUGCAGUAAUGAUUUGAAAUAUAUCAUCCCAAUACAGCGCUACACGCAGCGGUGGCACUCGUCAUGCGGUUGCAACUACUCACACUGCUUUUGCAGCACAGCACUCAUGGCCUCGUGCAGCCGCCGCGACGUGCGUCGUCCGCACUGAUUGCUCAAGCCGCGCGCACGGGCAAGCGCCAGCGCGUGGCGAGCUGGUUUCGACGACGGCGGCGACAACCAAACACCGAGCCCUCCGAGACGCCGCCGCUGUCGCUCCUCGAGCGCGAUUCGUCGCUGAGCGUUACGUGCUGGGAAGCGAUGAUGGGCCUGGAGGCGCCCCAAACGCUGGCGGACCGACGGCUCGCGUUUCGUGUGGGUAGAGACGCGUCCUGGACUAUCGUCACUGUCGACUCUUCGUGCAGCGUUGCCGUCGAGAUCGAGAGCUGCCUCGAGCGGCCUGCGGUGGACGCGUGUGUUACGUACGCAAGCGAACAGGUCUUCGAGGCGCUGAUGGACGAGAAGUAUUCGUCGGCGGCGGCUGUGGCGACCAGACGACUGAGGAUUUCGGGCAGCUUGAGCGUCGCAUCGGCAAGCGAACCACUCUUCGACGCCGUCGAAGUGAAACUAAGGAAUACGCGUGCCGUCGCGGUCGGCGGUGCCGAGGUCGCCGCUGCUCGGCGCGCUGCUGCGGAAGCGACGCUCGACGCGCGCCUUCGCGAUGCAGCCGCGCGUCCGUGGUUUGAAAGGUGGCGUGCGCGGCACGUCGGGACUGAUCAACAGGUCGCUGUCCGUGUCAAUCAAUCAAUAUUUGCGUCGACUGCGCGCAUCCACAACUCAGAUCCACGCGUAGGUCGCCAGCGCGCUGCUCGUGCUCGGCGGUGUCCUGUACGUGAUUUACUGCUUCGUGGUGGUCGCUGCGGCGGACUCGAUUGAUGUACUGCCCAAUCAGCUUUACCUGGCAUCCGCAUUGCUCUGGCUGCUGGGAUCAGGAGCUCUGGUGCAGGGAUCCUAUCCUGAAAACGUCCUCGCGCUCGCAAAGAAGGCAGAGGCCGAUGCCGCUGAUGGAGGUCUGCGCCGCGGUGCACUGGUCUUUGUAGAGCGCUACUGUACCGACAGCGCCGUGUUAGUUGGAGCGUACGGCCUUGGCGUAGGUGCGCCGACAUUUCUUGCUGGCGCGGCGGCUGCUAUCGCAGCGCAUCCGGGGGACGUCGUGCCUAUCUUAUAUGCAGUCGCCGGUGUCUACAUUGUGGGUGCGACGGGACUUCUCGUGUAUGGUGCUUUACCCGAUUCACUCGCUCAAAACGGCGGUGCGGGAAGCACGAAACUCCGUGAGUCGUUUUCGGUUUUGCGAGACUCGCGCUACGCCGAGACGGACGUUGUGGCCGGGGCGUGGGCGUUCGCAGCGUUCAUGUGUGCUUGCUUGGCUUUCGGAGUUAUUGAUUUAAUUGCGGAGCCGUCGUCUCUCGCGGUGUUGUUCGCGGUGUCACAAGUUCCGUUCGCAGCAGGCGCUCUGUUGCUGGCGGAGGCUACUUAUCCAGAAAACACAAAUAGAGUUUCCUACGGCAACUCAACGCGGGGUAUUGACGAGAUGGUACUACGCGGGCGAAUGCAGAGAGGCGAUGCGUUGGUGUUGCUCGAGUAAAAGUUGUUGUUGUUAAUGCUUUGGGGUACGCGGUGCGGGACCCGGGCGGCAAGCCAGUGAUGCUGGUGACCGUCAGUUACCAAGUGCAGAAGAAAACCUAAGACUACUAAGCCCUUUCGGAUGGGUUCGGGCCCGGAGGGCCCGGAGGGCCCGAAGGGCCCUUCCAGCCCUUUCCAAGAAUACCUAAGACUACUAAGCCCCUUCGGAGGUUAGGAUCACUGUGGGUUCGGGCCCGGAGGGCCCGAAGGGCCCGAAGGGCCCUUCCAGCCCUUUCCAAGAAAACCUAAGACUACUAAGCCCCUUCGGAGGUUAGGAUCACUGUGGGUUCGGGCCCGGAGGGCCCGAAGGGCCCGAAGGGCCCUUCCAGCCCUUUCCAAGAAAACCUAAGACUACUAAGCCCCUUCGGAGGUUAGGAUCACUGUGGGUUCGGGCCCGGAGGGCCCGAAGGGCCCGAAGGGCCCUUCCAGCCCUUUCCAAGAAAACCUUAGACUACUAAGCCUCUUCGGAGGUUAGGAUCGCUGUGGGUUCGGGCCCGGAGGGCCCGAAGGGCCCGAAGGGCCCUUCCAGCCCUUUCCAAGAAAACCUUAGACUACUAAGCCCCUUCGGAGGUUAGGAUCGCUGUGGGUUCGGGCCCGGAGGGCCCGAAGGGCCCGAAGGGCCCUUCCAGCCCUUUCCAAGAAAACCUUAGACUACUAAGCCUCUUCGGAGGUUAGGAUCGCUGUGGGUUCGGGCCCGGAGGGCCCGAAGGGCCCGAAGGGCCCUUCCAGCCCUUUCCAAGAAGACCUAAGACUACUAAGGCCCUUCGGAGGUUAGGAUCGCUGUGGGUUCGGGCCCGGAAGGGUGGUGGUCUCAAACGUAGUGAAGCACGCUUCCCGCCGAACGCUAAAAGACCGUCAGCAUUUACUUGCGUGGCCUUCGACCCGCGCUCCGCAAAAACGUGUUUAGUGGCUGGUACGGAUGGGCGCGUCCGCGUCUUCCGAGAGAAACAUGAAGUGGCAACCUUCGCGGCCCAUGAAGGUUCUGUGGCUUCUAUAGAUGCUGUCCAAAGGGGCUCUUUAUGUGUUGCGGUCACGUCGGGCAGCGACGGGUGCGUCAGAAGGUGGGCCGGCGAGCAGUUGUCGAGCGCGGGGCGCUGCCGGCUGUUGAAGAACGGCACCGUGGUCAAGUGCUGUCUCAUUGAUGAUUCUGAGGACGACUACGCUUUAUGUGCGACGGAGCGGGGUACCGUACUCACUUGCGUGCCCGGGGCCGACGACAAAAAGAGUAUCUGCCGCUCACCGGCGAAGACUGUGGAUCAAUCGAAGGUCGCUGCUGUCGUCGUGAGCGGUCAUUUUGAUACGAUAAGAUGCCUCGCGGCGCACCCUUCACAAAGUGUCUUCGCGACGUGCGGUUCCGAUAGCAGAGUCAUCACCUGGGACGCGGACCAGGGCUCAAAACUGCGUCAUACUUCCCUGGAAAGUUGUGGUUCUGCUAUAAAAUACGACGAGAAGGGGCGGUACUUGUUCGUCGGGAGUGACCAGGGCACCGUUUCCAUAUUGGACGCCUCGUCCCUAGAUAUCGUACGAACCCACAACGUCUUCAAGUGCCCCGUGACUUCGAUCAGUGCGUCGCCGGAUUCGAAGCUGAUAGCGGCCUGUUCUCGCCGAGGCGACGUCGUGGUCCUAGACGAAGAAAGAGCUUUGGCUUCACUCAGGAGCGGGUCCGGUGCUUGUGUGAUAGCGGCCGACUUUGGGAGAGACGCCAAGCGUCGGUUAGUGUUCAGGACGCGAGGAGAUGAUGGGGUUGUGGACUACUGGCGGCUCGACGGGCGGCGGACGCGGCGGUUAUUUCGGGUCGAGGACCUGCCCGGUCCUGAACCGUGGGCCUGGCGCAGCGGCUUUGCCGAGGGAAGGUGCGUGGCGUCGAACAUGAAGGGCGUCGUCGCCGUGGCCGACGACGACGGUCUAGAACUGCGGAGGGGCGCGGGCGAGGCGCGCGGUUCAUUUAGAGGCGAGGCGGCGUACGAGGCACACGCGCUGGCGUUCCUCGCCGACGGUCAGCGGUUGGUGACGGCGGCGCGGGGCGCGCGCGCGGCCGUCGUCUGGGACGCGGCGCGGGAGACUUCAGUAGCUUGCGUCGACGAGAACGCGGCGCCGCCGACGCCUCCCCCAGCGGUGGAGGCGCGACCGCGGGUCGCGGUGGAGGGGGACUGGCCCUUCUAAACAUACAG